UUGGAGAAAAUAGGCGAAGAAAAAGUAAGGGUCUCGAGUUGACAGUUAAGAUGCACACUUCAGUGAAGAUCGUCCUCGGUUAAACAAACGAGUACUUGAGCUCAGUAAAUAUUAACAAGAAGUGGAGAUUUUGGAAUCACCGUUUUGUUGCCUGUUAUAUCUUAGAUUAACUGUUCCUUGGAAAUGUUUUCCAGCCCUAGCACGUCCACUCCCUUUUCUGUAAAGGAUAUAUUAAACCUGGAGCAGCACACUGAGGAUCUGGUCUCACUAGACAUCUCUCCACGGAUGGACUGUGCCCUACCGACCUCCUCUUGCAUGAUGUCCCGCCUAAAGCAGGAACCGCUACGGGAGAUGUCGUCUGGAAACUUGCUGUUUGGAGAGGAACUCCAUGAAGCUAAAGCCAACAGAAAUACUGCCCUCAACUUCACCGCUGCCUUCUAUGGGAAAUCUUUCUUAGAAACUGACAUUAGGGAUGGAAAGACGGACAGCUUAUUUGAUGGGAAACACAGAAAAGAAGUUCCCUACAUCUCUCACAGCGAGUCAGUGGACGACCUGAAGUCAGGGGACCCAAAUCGAUCAACCAAAUCCCGCAAGCGGAGGAAGCCGCGCGUGCUGUUCUCUCAGGCGCAGGUGUACGAGCUGGAGCGACGUUUCAAGCAGCAGAAGUACCUGUCAGCUCCUGAGAGGGACCAUCUAGCCGGGGUUCUGAAACUGACCCCAACACAGGUCAAGAUCUGGUUCCAGAACCGACGCUACAAGUGCAAGAGACAGCGACAGGACCAGAGCCUGGAGAUGGUCGGUAUCCCGCCACCAAGGCGCAUCUCAGUCCCAGUGCUGGUCCGAGAUGGGAAGCCCUGCCUUGGAGACUCAGCGACCUAUAAUGCUUCUUAUAAUGUGGGCCUAAACCAUUUCACCUAUAACAGCUAUAACAGCUAUCCAGCAUUCAGUAAUUAUCCCAGCCCUGGCUGCAAUACGAACUAUGCCUGUAACUAUCCCACGGCUGGGGUGCAGUCUAUCCAGCCCUCACCAAACAACGGGAAUUACAUGAACUUCGGUGUUGGGGAGUUUAAUAAUGUCCAAAACACGUUCCCUUCCGGCACUGCAGUGUCUUCUUUACAUGGAAUAAGAGCGUGGUGAACAACGGAUAUCAUGAGAAUAAGAUCAAACAAUGUUUUAAAUCGCAUGCUCUUUUACGCAAACUGUGCAUAAGUAUUAAAUGCAACUUGAGCGCUGUCAUUGUCCUGGGUUACAUUACAUUUACUGUGUUUCAACUGGCAAACUGUUAAUUGCGCAGCUUGUAAACACAUAUACAAGAUCUAUAUGGGAAAAUAUAGUAUAGGCUUCAAUUUGUCUUCGGAAGUCUUUCCCCCAGUAUUAAUGUUUUCCAUCUUCAUGAUCAUUAAUGCAUUGAAUGGUUAUUAUAUUUGUAGAAA